AUGUUUUCAAAUCACAAUUCUUUAAUUAAUACCUCAGCAAAGACUAAGGGUAUAUAUCAAGUAUGAGAAUGCUAAAUAAAUAAAGUCAAUUUUUAGAAAUUUUUACAAUUAUUGAUGCAAUCAAUCCAACAUAAAAUAAGAUGGUAAUGA